AUGAGAAAAAUAGUAUCCAUCGGGAUGUUUAGAUGGAUGCAGAAAAAACAUCCAUCGGUUUGCGGAACGAUAAUAUCACGACCCGCACAGUGUUUCCUUCGCCGCCAUCUCGUCAUACCCACACUCACAAAUGCCAUGGUGAAGAUGCUUUUCAUAUCACCAUUGUUAUUCUUCCUCUUAUUUUUUCUAAUCCCCGCCGCUGACAGUACCGUCCAACCCAAUGUCACACUUUUGACUCUUGGAGAUCUAUGGGAGACUCGAGGAAUGAUAAGAACCCAUCUAUUCCCAACCAAGACUUCUACUGUGUAUCCAGAGUUUGCAGCGAUUCCGAGUAAUCAGGGUGAUGGAAGGAUGCACUUAACACGAUCCGCGUUAAAUAAAGCUAUUGAAAAUGUGGCGGAGAUGAAUGGGGUUCUCAUUCACUCUAUCUGUUCCUACAGACAUUUGAAUGUAACAUUCUAUACACUGAAUACUAUGUUUGGGAUUGGAAGAAGCGAAGUUCUGAUAGACGCCAAUAUGACCGAAAUGGAGCAUAAGAUGUCAGAAAUGACGGAUCGUCGAAUUAAAGUGAACUUCAUUUGUGUUGGAGCCAAUAAUGAUACUUACAGCGCCGUUUGGCAUCAUUCACCCGAUUUCGUCUGGCAUUUUAUUGUGGAUUCGGGCCCGAUAAGAGAGAUUAUUGAGAAAGAUCGAUUGCAGAUGACACGUGGAUACUAUGCAGACUGCUUUCAGACAUAUCGAAAUGAUAACAUCAGUAGAGCAAUCAUUAUUUGGAGAAAGGGGUUUGGAAAAAAGUACCGUAUCCAGUAUGGAACAGAAGUUCAUGAAAUGCUGACGGAUAUGCAGAGAACUGACCUAGAACCAGUUCAAUUUGCCAGCCUUCCAAGAUUAGGCCAGAAAAGACCAUUCCCCCGUUGGAUUCUGUGGCAUGGUGAUGAGUUUACAUGGGGUAAUAGAACGAUUCCAAGAGAUUUGAGUAAGAUGAAUCACAACUGGGAAGCACUGAACUCUGUUAUUGAGCACCGAAUGCGAAGCUAUGACAUACCGUCAAUUUCUAUUCACAUCCUUCGUGAUAACAAAAUGGAAUAUUCUGCGUCUUAUGGAUUUGCUGAUAUUCUACAGAGUAUCCCAGUCAAAACAACUCACCGCUAUCGAAUCGCUUCUGUGAGCAAACUGAUAACAGCAAUGACAAUUGGAGAACUUCUUGCUGAUUACAAACAUAUUGACUUGCUCACUCCUGUAUUUGGACCAGCUGGAGUACUGUCGGACGUCUGCUCACCGUGUCACCCAUUCCUACUGCAUGUGAGGAUUAUACAUCUUCUGGAGCAUUCUUCUGGUGCUUGGCCGCAUACAAGCAAGUUCGAGUUUGAUAGGAUGGAACAGAAUCAGACGGAAUUUUUGAUGAGAGUGGUUCAGAAAGAGUUCCCUAUUCUAUUCCCCGGUGGAAGACACAUGUAUUCAAAUAUUGGAUACAUUUUAUUAGGAAGAAUAAUCGAGAAAGUGUCAGGAAGAAGUUACGAGGAAUAUGCGUUAGAAAAAGUUCUAAACCCUUUGGGAGUUAAUGCAACCAUUGGUAAAGAAGGCGACCCAUUUGAAGAGGUCACAUAUUAUUCCCAUGAUAACGCAAAUGCCUACACUUCUUGGAGCACACGUCGUCUGAAUUCGGCUGCUGGUUGGGCAAUGAAAGCAGAAGACGUUACAAAGGUAUUCCACCAUUUAGAAGAACACAAGCUACGAAGGUUCCGAUGGAUUAUCACACCAUCGGCUGUUCGAUGGAACUAUGGAAGAGGAGUUCAGUUAGGAAACGAUGGAAGUCUGUAUCAUAUUGGGUCCCUAGCAGGAACAGAAGCAAUUGGUUACACGUGGCAGAAUGUACAAGUUGCAAUUCUAACGAAUAUUAGAGGAAAGGAACAGAAUGAGCAGACGGGAUGGAUGGAAAAAUUAUGUAAGAGUAUUGCAGACGGACGGUUUACGAGAUGA